CUCUCUCUCUCUCUCUCUCUCAAUGAUACUCAAAGACAUUCAAAUCUGUCUUUUCUCUGUUUGCUUUUUAUCACUAUUCCUUUUACUAGUAACUUGAAACUAAGCUUUACCCAAUUUUCCAUUCGCGUUCUCUCCCAACAGCAUGAAAUUUUUGUCUUCCUCUUCCUCCUCGUCUACCUCCCCCACUGCCGCCGCUGCUUUCACCACUGCUGGGUGUCUAGCCUCCAUGUUGCGUCGGCUUCUUUGCUUCAACGUUCUCCCUACACACCCCGCCAAUCAAAUUAAAGACAUUGAUUUCAACUCUGCCGAGUUCGACAAGCUUGGUUGUUUGGAAACAGAGGAGAAGAUUGGGGAUACAGAUAAUCCAGGGAUAGUGGCAAGACUAAUGGGGUUGGAACUGACGCCGCGUUUCGAUUUUUCCAACGCCCAGAUGAAACCCAGUUCGACUACGCGAAGCCAAUCGAUGGAUUGUGAUUCUUCGAGAGAGAGUGGGUUCGUUCAGGGGCAGCACCGGCGUGCCAAGACAUCUCUGUCUUCUCACGAAAUGCCGACGUUCUUUGAACACGAGGAGUUUUUUGUUCUUAGCUUUGAGAAUUUAGGGAAGGAUAACGAAUCUAGAUCAAAAGGUGGGACAUUGAAGCCAAGAAAAGCAGGGAAAUGCAGGAGGAGGAGGAGGAAGAGUGAGAGUGAUAGGAGAGAGAGUGUGGCUGGAGAGGAAGAUAAAGAGAACCAAGAACAUAACAAGAGGGCCAAUCACAAGGUUUCUCAAACUGGGAUUCUUAGUCCCGCCGCGAUUUUUAAUCAAAAUUCAGAGACUGCAAGAGAAGCUGUCGAUGUUGUUGAAGAGAAGGCUGAAACAGAGAGCAACUCGGAAAAUUCGAGCCCUGUGUCUGUUCUCGACUUCUGCGAAUCGAUUUUUCAUCCCCUAGUUCCCACAUCAGAAGAAGAUGCAAAUUGUAAGGGUUCAAACUCAAGAAGGAAGUUAUCAACAGAGCUUGAAAAUCAUGAGCACUCGUCUCCUCCAAGUGAACCCAGUAGUUCAACAAAUGAUAUUCGGAUAAGGAACAUGAUUCAUAGAAAAUGCUACGGAUCAAUGCAGAAUGAUUGCCAAAGAGAGAAGUAUGUAAAGAUAUGGAGCGAAAUUUGUAAAAUCGCCGAAGCAGAGAUGGUGGAAUCAAAUUGGGUUAAAAGAGCAUUCUGGAAGCUUGAAGAUUGUAGCGAUAUCAGUGCAGAGUGUGAGCUGCAUAUUCUCCAAGAAUUGUUGAAUGAGGUGGUGAAUCAACUUGUCGAGACCUCCCCAGAAAAUUUUUGAUAUGUAACAGUAAUAUGAGCUGUAAAUUUUCUCAUUUUGGCUAGAAGAAAGAGUUGUACAUUAUUGUGAAUU